AUGUCCAAGGAAAUGGAAUUUGAUGCAAAUGAAGAGAAGCUCAAGACUCUGCGUGUAUCAUCUCUCGAUGAAGAAGAAGAUGAUAACGAAGCUCAAGUGGACGAAAUUGAUGACCCAGAUUUAUCCACUGAUGAAGAUGAAGAAGGCGAAGUACACCCUGUAACAUUAGGAUUUGUUGAGAAGCUGAAAAAUAAGUGGUCACUACUCCGCCAUUACUUCCCAAGCAAAGCUGGUGGCACUCCGGCUUGGUUGGAUCCGAUUAAUUUGCCUUCCGAGAAGUCUAGUCUUUGUGAUUUUUGCAGUGAGCCAUUGCAGUUUUUGCUACAGGUUUAUGGACCACUAACUGAGGAAUCAACGUUUCACCACGAAUCAACGUUUCACCGCGCCCUGUUUGUUUUCAUGUGCCCAUCAAUGGCUUGUCUUCUUCGCGACCAGCACGAGCAGUGGAAGCGGCAUCCUGAGAAGCCAUGCAGAAGUGUCAAGGUUUUCCGUUGUCAAUUGCCACAAACAAAUUCGUUUUAUUCAGGCAAGCCCCCCAGUGAAGAUGGGACAGAGCAACCUUUGACAGCUGGAGCAAAACUUUGUAAUUGGUGCGGUACAUGGAAAGGGGAUAAAGUCUGUAGUAGCUGCAGAAAAGCACGAUAUUGUUCUGGGAAACACCAGGCUGCACAUUGGCGUUCUGGUCAUAGAUUAGCGUGUACCCGGUUGCAGACUUCUCUUGAAAUGUCUGAAUCAGCUGCGAGCAACUCUCUCUGGCCACAGUAUGAGAUCACAAUUGAGGAUGAAUGUGAAUUUGAGAACGAGAUGUCUGAUAGUGAGUAUUCUAAUAUAUUAGUUUCUGGAAAUCGGGUGGAUGAGUCAGUCAGGUCACUGAUGGAUGAUUUUGCUGGAGACGAUGACAAGAGGAGUUGGGCAUCUUUCCAGGAGAGAAUUUCCCGUGCCCCUGAACAAGUUUUGAGGUACUGUAGAUCUGCUAAAGCAAAAGCAUUAUGGCCUGUGCACAGUGGCCGGCCAUCAAGAUCUGAUAUUCCUGCAUGCAACUACUGUGGUGGCACUCGAUGUUUUGAAUUCCAGGUUUUGCCGCAGCUACUUUAUUAUUUUGGGGUGCAAAAUGAUGUGGAUUCUCUUGAUUGGGCGACAAUUGUUGUUUACACGUGUGAGGCUUCUUGUAAAGGAGACGAGGGCUACAAAGAAGAAUUCGCCUGGGUUCAACUCGUGUCCCAGUCAGCACCUUAA